GUCCUUUGAACUGAUGAACUUCCAUUUCUUGUGAGAUUGAUCCGCUGUACAGAUUGUCAGGACCUCAAUACAGUGCGAUCUUGACACUGAUUUGACCUUGACAAAGCAUGCAGAUGUGUACUGGAUUGACAUCACCUCUUCUCAAGCCUGCAGAAGAGCCGAGGCCGGAACGGAUGGCAGGCCCGUAAUUGGACGCGAAAGGCGACACCAGAAAGGGAAGGCAAGAAAAAUACACGCGCAGCCCACCUCACCUCUGCCACCCAUUCCCAAUCCAAUCGAUCCCCACCUCUCCUCUGCCGUCUCGCCGGCGCCGCUGCCCCGAAACUGCUUGAUCUCCGCCGCAAACCCGCCUCCCGCACUAGCACUACCUGGCCGACCCGCCGGCCCACCGGCGAUCUCCAUGAAGGCGUCGAUCAAGUUCCGCGACGACGACCGGCCGCUGAUGCGGGCCAAGGUCCCGAUCGGCGUGCUCGGGCUGCCGUUCCAGUCGGGGCUCGCGGCGGGGGGCGACCCGCGGGAGCUCCGCUUCGACCUCUCCACGGCCUUCGCGUCGGGCCCGUCGCUCCGCCUCUCGUACCGCCCCAACGACCCCGGUCUCCCCUUCGCGCUCACCGUCCGCGCGGGGCUCGGCCCGCUCGGCUCCCCGGCGCGCGCGCCCUUCGCGCUCGCCGCCGAGUUCAACCUCCUCUCCCCCGACCUUUCCACGCCGGCCUUCUUCCUCCGGCUCAAGCCCCGCUUCGGCGACUUCUCGCUCUCCCACACGCUCCGCUCCCCCGCCGCCGCCGCCUCCCCGGCGCCCCGUAAGGUCGGGGAGGCGGCUCCCGACGGUGACGGCCUCGGCCACGAGCGGGAGUUCGUGCACAGGCCGUCGUUCUCGUUCACCGGGAGCGGGCUCGCGGCGGACGUGGCGGCGGCGGGGACGAAGAGCGGGGUCGGCGCGCUGCUGUCCGGGAUGCAGAUGACGACGCGGAGCGUGCUCCCGCUGUGGGGCAGGGCGAGCCUGCGGUUCAACUGGGGCCUGCGCAUGCCGCCGGAGCUGCUCGCCGACGGCGGCGGCGGCCGCAGCAAGGGCGCGGCGCGCGCGCCCGUCAGCAAGAUGCCGCUGCUGGUCAUGAGCAAGCUCUCCAUCGAGCAGUCCCCGCGCGCCGACGCCGACAGCAGCAAGUGCGGCUCCAGAGCGGAGCCCCCCUCCCCGCGGUCCACGGAUGCUUCGCCGGGGGACGGCGAGGCGGCGGCGUUCUCGCUGGUGAGGCGGCAGCUGGAGUCGCUGAACGUGGACAACAUGAUGCUGCGGCGCGCCGUGGAGGACCUCCGCGCCGAGAUCCAGUGCAGCAGCAGCAGGGCCGGGCCCGUGGCCGCUGCCGCCAGAGGCAAGGGCAGGGUGGCGGCGACCGCGCAGCCGCCGCCGCCGCCUUACCACGCGUUCCCCGCGAAGCCGGACCGCCCUCGGGGCGCCGCGAGGGAAGUCGCGCCCGAGAAGGCGGCCGCGCCGGACGACGUGGGCGAGGAGCUGAGGAAGGCAUUGGAGGCGCGGCUUCGGUGAGCUAAGCCUUGCCGGCAUUUGCAUUGCCGCCCCGGCAGCUAGGUUGCUGCCGUCCUGCCCCUGCCGGCGCUGCCGCUGUUAAUUUCGCGCUUACAGCUUGGUUGCAGUUGUAGUAAUCUGCUACUGCUAGCGAUUUGAUGCUGCUGAUUUAUCCGUGUUGCUUGCUUUGCUCGUAGUUUUGAGCAAAUAAUGUGUUGAGCAAUGGUGGCAAAUUUGGAGUGGUCUGGCCAUUUUUGCACUGGGAUCAGGCAAGCAGCUACCUCAUCUUCAGAGUCCAAAUCUCUUAGGGGAUGUCUACUUAAUACAUACUCGAGUACAGGAGGACCUUCCGGAACUCGAAUGUUUUGACCGUUA